CGAGAAAGGGACAUCAACCAAGCAUGUUAGGCGAACGUCGCAAAAACAGCAAUUAGGACUACAGGCAGCCCGUUUUCUUGGUCAUGGACGAGUACCACUUCCCUCCAAUACGACGCAAGUUGGACCUGGAUGGAAUCCCAUUAAGCCUGACGCACAUACAUAGUGGAAGGAGUGAGGAUUUCGGAAAAUCGCUAAGGAUCAAUAUUCUGUAGGUAUUCCGGACUAUUAAUACAAAUCAUCCAGAAAUAUUGUCAAACGCGUCGGACUAGAUUCAAACUUUUAGCUGGGUGCUGAGCACGCAUGCAUAAGUAAGUAUGCAUGUAUGACCACGGUUGAAAGUGAAAAUGGCCAAACGUUUAAAAGUAGCUCUUAUUGGCUACGGAAUUGACGAAAUCAUCGAACUUGUCAAUCGAACUGCCGAUCCCGCUGCAACUCCGCCGCCCCAAACACCGGCGGUUGUGCAGUUAACAAGCGCAGCGUCUGCACAAGAGGACAGCAGUCCGCCGCCGCCAGAAUGUCUCGAAAUUUUGGAAAACGUUUUGAUAGAAUCCCCAAUACCCGAAAAGGCGCCAGAUUCUGAGGCGGGUGAAUUACUGGGACCAAAAGUCGGUAGGUCCAUGUAUGUCCGAACAAUUUUGCCAAAGCCCAACCUAACAUCAGGCUUGAGGACGGGCAGCACAAACACACAUGCCAGCAAGGAAAAGAGCAACGACAACUCUUCAUAUAUGCAAUCUUCUUGCUUGGCGGUCUCCGACUCUGUCAAAGAAACCCGACAACGAUCUUUCUUCAAAAGAUAUGUCAAACUCCCUCAGGGCUUCGAAGAGGCGCCAGGAUUUUUUUAUGCGCAGCAGUGCCCAGGACACUGCGGUCAUUGCGACAGGAACGCAAGCAACAGCAUACGACACACUACGGUUUGCUAUCUUACCAUACGUAUGCCUACAGUGUGGCCUUUGCGCAGAAACUUUAAGACAAAGGGCAGGACAUCGAAAAUGCCCGAAACCAGGACGAACGGCUGUCCAGUAUUUAUUAUGGUAUUAGUGUGCUUUACAAUAAUUAAAUAA